AAAAAAUCAAACUAUGACUUGUCAAUACGCUGAUCAUUUUUCACGUUUUCACGUUAUAUAAGAGAAAAAUUGUUUAACUCCGUAGAUUAGCUCUCAAGAAUGUGAGAUGCCUGUGGGUAAUCGUUCAUGGAAUUUAAAAUUUGUGAAAUGCACAUCCAAUGACCGUUUGAAUAACUGCACUGUGUUCGCUUUCACUAAUUGUUGUGGAGCACCUGCAGAGGUCAUUUACUAAACAUCUGAUUGUGAACUACCUCUCGAACCACUUUGGAUUAUACGGUUGGAGCACAACUUGUUGCUGCUUUUCAACGUUACACAAAAAAUCUAUUCCAACCUUCCUACACUUAAUUUGCAACAUUGCUCAACUCGAGCUCUUCGCAACAAAGAUUUUACACUGGAUAUACCGAAGGCUAGAACGAUCGUCCGCUCUAAUUUCUUCCUAGUCAGAUAUAGCUAUCUGUGGAACAAACUACCAAUAACACUCAUCACGUGACAAUGUGGCAACAUUUAGUAGCAGACUCGCCAAUUACUUUGAUCUAACUACCGUAAGCUCUAUAUCCACAUAGGAAAAUCCUUCCAUGGGCUAUACCAGUUUGUGGUACCGAAAUGCUUCGAGUACUAUCCAUUCAAAGUCAUGUGGUGCAUGGGUACGUGGGCAAUCGCAGUGCGGUGUUUCCACUACAACUCCUUGGUAUCGAAGUUGACUUCAUCAAUUCCGUCCAAUUUUCGAAUCAUACCGCGUACUCUUGCUUUAAGGGUCAGGUGCUUAAAGCAGAUGAUCUUAGAGAGCUUUACAGUGGAUUAAAAGCCAAUGGAUUGCACCGCUACACUCACGUUCUUACAGGUUAUGUUGGAUGCCCUGGCUUCUUGGAAGCAGUCGGUGAUAUUGUCCGUGAUCUUAAAACGGAGAACCCCAAUUUGAGAUACUACUGUGAUCCUGUCUUAGGUGACUCAGGAGAAUUGUACGUUCCCGCCGAGCUUAUCCCUGUAUAUCAACAGAAAAUCCUUCCUCUGGCUGACGUCAUUUUGCCCAAUCAAUUUGAAGCAGAGCUCCUCGCUGGUCUUUCGAUCUCCGACGAGGAAUCUGCUUUGGCGUGUAUUCACCAGUUGCACUCGCGUUUCCGCGUGCCAACUGUAGUGAUCAGCAGUUCGGAGGUUAGCAUGUCAAAUGGCUCCGAUGUUAAAGCCUGCUCAGUCAUUGGCUACGCGAGUCGAUGUACCGAGCCAGGCCUUAAAUGUGGAGACUUUGAGCCUUCUGUCUGCACGAAUCAUCUCUCAGUGGCUGGGAUUGACCCAACCAAGUAUGAGCAAGUGCGGUUUCGAGUCCCCCGAUUGAAUUAUGAGUUCCGUGGGACCGGCGAUCUAUUUUCUGCACUCACUUUGGCGCGACUGGAAAGCCCCACAAAGACUGGACACUGCCCCACCUCAUUGGCCGACGCUCUGCAGCUCGUGUUACGAACUAUGCAAGCAGUUCUGCGACGGACCUUGUCCUCUCCUUCCGUCUUUGCAUCUGCAAACAACCCGGAGCUUCCUUUGGAAUUAAACUUGGUACAAUCGGUGAACGACAUAAUAAGUCCUCCUACAACUGGUGAUUACGUACAGCAGAUCGGGCCAACCUUCAGAAUGUGA